AUGCUUUUAUACCUGAGUUAGCUUAUUUAAUUAAUAAGCAAAAUAUUAUUUAUUGUAAUCUUAAAUUUCAAAUAAUAAUAGCUCAGAAAUAAGAAUAUAAGUUACUUCAUUUACUUAAGAGAAACCUAUUAUAAAUAUAUGAUAGCUAUGGAAAGCCGUAAUAAAAAAUGGUAAAUAUAUAAAAGGUAAAUAAGUAUACUAUCAUAAUAGAUAUUCAGAGAUAAAACUAAUUCAUAGUAAAUUGAUUGAAUUAUUUAAUGAUCUACCUUAAUUUCCAAAGAAAUAAAUAUUUCACCUAAAUCGAGUGAGAUCGAGUUCAAAAUGUAAAAACUUAAUGAUUAUCUGA